AUGGGGGGUGUGGAUGUUCCCAACUGGUGCGUGGCGGCUGGGGCGGCUGUUCUUACACCCGCUGCCAUCUAUGCCUACCUCUUACGACAGGGCCGAGCACGUCAAGCCAUCUUUGCUGAAACACCUCAGCCAAAAGAGCCAGGACCCAUCUUUGCUGGCAUUGUGGAGUUGGCAAAGAUCCAAGGUCAUACACCACUGGAGCCUCUGAAAAAGCACUUCAAGGACUUGGGGCUUACUUGGGGGGUACGCCUGCCUGUGUGGCUUUUUCCUCACAUGGAGUUCCUGUUCUUCACGGCGGAUCCUGCCAUCAUCGCAGAGAUUCAAUCCAAGAAGGAUGUCUUCCAUUCGCGCCCCAGCGGGACCGGCUUUGCCAGCACCGUUCCCGAGGGCCUGCUGGCUUUGCGAAAUGAGGGUCCCCAAUCUUCCUGGGCUCUUCAUCGCCGUUUGGUGGCGCCUUUGUUCAGCGACAGGUUCUUGGAGGGUUACUCCUCCCAGGUCUCCGACAAGGCUGACAUGUUGCGCUUGGUGCUCAACGCAAACAUUGAAGAGGGGGAGGCGACCAUGACACUUCUUCCAGAAAGGCAUCCCCAAGCUCUGAGCAAAGGGGACACCGAGAGGGAGCUUUCGUUUUCCGAUGCAGGCGAGGUGCUGCUCUCUGAGACACAGCGGCGCACGGGCGAGCCAUUCUUGGCGAGGUACUGGCCUCCGCGCUACCUGCGCUGGCUGAGUUCCCAGAAGGCGCUGGGCAAGCGCAUUGAUGAGGUCCUGGAAGGUGGCGUCGUGGACCCUUCGCGGCUGAACAUGCUCAAGGCAUUGCAAGACGCCCAUGAGGAAGGUAGAAAGAUGAGCAAGGCGGAGUUGCGGGAUGAGAUUCUCACGUUGCUGCUGGCGGGCCACGAGACCACGGGCUACACGACGUCAUGGGCGCUGUUGGAGGUGGCUCGCAAUCCUGAGGUGCAAGAGAAGGUUCUUGCGGAAACAUCUGCACUCGAUCUGGACAACAUGCCGUUGACCAAUGUUCAGGCUUCGCUGCCUUAUACCUGGAUGGUGUGGCAGGAGGCUCUUCGCAUGCACCCGACGGUCAUUCAACAUGCACGCCAAGCAGAGGCUGACGUGACGCUGGGUGGGAAGUACACACUUCCAAAGGGCACUUUGAUCCUGAUAUGCCAGUUGAUCUUAGCACACAGUGAAGAAACGUGGGGAAGUGAUGUGAUGGCCUUUCGUCCUGAGAGAAUGGAACAAGGUUACCCAGACAUGUACCUCCCGUUUGGCUUCGGUGGUCGCGCCUGCAUCGGCAAGAGGCUCGCCUACGUGGAGGGCGUCUACUUGCUGGCCUUUAUCGUGGCUUGUGUAGCCCAGUGGUACCUUUAUUUUGAUUUUGUUGCUUCAAGGUUCCUUUAUAACAAAAAUAGCAAACCCCAAAACGGGUGCCCUUAUCCUAGUAUGGUUCCUGGGCUACGAAGGUGA